CUCCUCUUUAGAAAUAACAAAAACAUGUUACCAAUCCUUUCAUCUUUAACUUCGGAGACUUGUAGCCAGAGAAAAUUACGAUACCCACCAGUUAGUUUCCUCAAACAAACCAACAUGCUUUUGAUUCGAAGCUUCAUGAUUUUGUUCCUGAGCUGUAUUGCUGUUAGGAUGAAUCUAUGCUUCACAGGCAUCCCUUUUUCGCUAAGAAUGCUUUACAUCAACGGCCAUUUUGAAUUUGACAAAGUGGAAUUUGCUGCAAGAGAUUUUGGUAAUAGAUAUCAAUACUACCCUGCAGCAAUACUGCAUCCAUCAUCGGUUUCUGAUAUCGCCAUGACAAUAAAGCAUAUUUGGAAGAUGGGACCUGGUUCAGAGCUCACAGUUGCAGCUAGAGGCCAUGGCCACUCACUUCAUGGCCAAGCACAGGCCCACCAAGGAGUCGUGAUUAACAUGGAAUCACUCCAGGGCCCUCAAAUGCAGGUUGUUCAUAACAGAAGCUUCACAUACAUCGAUGUUUCUGGAGGGGAGUUAUGGAUAAAUAUCCUGCAGGAGAGCUUGAAAUAUGGACUAACACCAAAAUCAUGGACAGACUACCUACAUCUAACGGUUGGGGGUACUUUAUCCAAUGCAGGGAUCAGUGGACAGGCAUUUCGACAUGGCCCUCAGAUCAGCAACGUUCAUCAGCUGGAGGUUGUAACAGGAAAAGGGGACGUGGUAAACUGCUCAGAGGAACAGAACAGUGACCUCUUUUACAGUGUUCUUGGAGGGUUAGGCCAAUUUGGAAUUAUCACACGGGCAAAAAUUCUACUUGAACCAGCGCCAACUAUGGUAAAAUGGAUAAGAGUAUUGUACUUUGACUUCACAACAUUUACCAGAGAGCAGGAGCUGUUAAUAUCUGGAGAAAAUACAUUCGAUUAUAUUGAAGGAUUCGUGAUAAUAAACAGAACUGGUCUUCUAAAUAAUUGGAGAUCAUCAUUCGAUCCACAAGACCCUGUUCAAGCAAGCCAGUUCAAGUCUGAAGGAAAAAUUCUUUACUGCCUAGAAUUGGCAAAGUACUUUCACCACAACAAGGACAACAACAAUGUCGAUCAGGAAGUCAAGCGGUUGUUGUCUCGGUUGAGUUAUAUCCCAUCAACGCUUUUCAUAUCAGAAGUUACAUAUGUGGAAUUCCUGGACAGAGUUCAAGUAUCAGCCGUGAAAUUACAGUCAAAAGGGUUGUGGGAAGUCCCACACCCAUGGCUGAAUCUCCUAAUCCCAAAAAGCAAAAUAAAAGAAUUUGCAGAAGGGGUUUUUGGCAAUAUCCUGAAGGAAACAAGCAACGGCCCUGUCCUAAUCUAUCCGGUUAACAAAUCAAAGUGGGACAAUAGAACAUCCGUAGUUAUUCCAGAGGAGGAUAUUUUCUACCUGGUUGCAUUUCUAACCUCUGCAGUUCCAUGUUCUAGAGGAAACGACAGCUUAGAAUACAUCUUAACACAAAACACGAGAAUUCUGGAAUUCUGUAAAACAGCCAAUCUAGGAGCGAAACAAUAUUUGCCACAUUACACUACAAGGAAAGAAUGGCAGGCCCAUUUUGGGCCAAUGUGGGAAACAUAUGUAGAGAGAAAAAUGGCUUAUGACCCGUUGGCAAUACUUGCUCCAGGUCAAAGAAUAUUCAAAAAGGCUAAACCCUUGUCAUGAUGCCUCCCACACUUGAACUGUAGGUGUACAAGUAUAUUCUGCGCCUUUUCUCCUUAGAGUAUAGGUUAUAACAAGGUAACUGCAGAAUGAUUCAAAUUUGAUUAAAGAAGGUGUCAAAUAAAAUACGGAUUUAU